AUGUUAAUAUUUUUAUUUAUUAAAUUUAUUUUAUGUAAUAAAUUAAUUAAUGAUAUACCAAUUUGUGGAAACGGUUAUUCAGGAUUAUUAGAAUAUAAAUUUAAUAAUGAUGAUGAUUCAUUAAUUACUAUAGCUUCUUAUUUAUCUAAUAAUAUACUCAAUUUAUAUACAGGAAAUGUAAUUUAUAAAAGAAUUGAUUUAAAUGAAUGUAUAUUACCAAUAGAAACAAUAAAUAAUAAAUGUUUUUCAAUACGUUCAAAUAAUAAUUUACCAAAUAUAUUUUGUUCAAAUAAUUUAUUGGAACGUAAUAAAUGGAUUAAUGCUAUUAAUUCUUCUAUAUUAUGUCAAUUAACUUCUAUAAGAUCAAAAUUACCAAUAAUUGGUGGUAAUGAAUUAUUUGAAACAUUAAAUGAUAAUGAACAUGGAAUCAAUUUAUUUAUACAUGAUGAUAUAAAUGGUAGACCAGAAAUAUAUAUAAAUGGUAAAACAACUAAAGAAUUACAAGAAGAACGUGAAAAAGAAUCAUUAAAUUUUACUACAAAUCCAAUACAAGUUGAUAAUGAUGCUAUGAAUGAAGCUAAAAUUGAAUCUGGUCUUAAUACAUCAAUACCACAUCAUGGUUAUUAUCAUUAUCAACAUAUAUAA